AGUAAUACGCCGCUACGCUGACUGGUUGUCUGCGCGCUACUGAAUUCGACAUCGAAUCGCAUCGCAUCGCAUCGAAUCGAAUUGUAACGUAUCGAAUGCGUCGCGUCGCGUCACGUUCAAAUUUCAGUGCGUUCGGUUUUUAGUUUGACAACGCGUGGCAACAACAACAGUCACCGCUAAAAUAAAAACAACACAACGUCGGCAAUCGCAAUCGCAAAAGCAAAUAAAAAUUAUAUAUUAUAUAUUGUAUAUUUUUUGCCGCGGGCGUGUUACCUUUGACCUCGCUGAUAACGCAGACACUUUGCCGUCGCACAUUUCUUGGGUUUAACACACACGCACAAUUUUUUGAAGAAGAAGCAACGCAGCUGCGACACCGUCCAAUGUCAAAGUCUUAUUUAGUUAUCACCAAAACGAAUCGGCAAUAAAAAAAAAUAAAAAGAGAAUAGAAACUGAAACUGAAAAAAAACGGAGCGUUCUCUAAUGCCUUAUCAGCUGGACGCAUCUGCGGCAACAGGAACAGGAGGAACAGGAGUGGGAACAGUAGGAACACACAGAGACUGACCACUGUAGACCUUUUUUGAUAUAUCUAUAUAUGCAUAUAUAUGUAUAUAUAUAUAUGUCUACCACUCAAUUUCCAUUUUUCGGAGUGCCAUUCUCGCGCUGUCUCGUAAAUUAAUGUCAUAAAUUAAUUUUCGGUCGCUAUCUCGGUAGUCGGAUUCGAAGUCGAAGUCGCCGUCGUAGUUCGUGUCUUGAGUCUUUACUUUACCUGCCGCUAACAAGACAAGUGUGUGUGCGUGUGUGCUUGUGUAUGUGUAUGUGUGUGUCAUCUCAAAACAACCCAAAUGUUCCUUAAAUUACCUUGAAGCUGAAAAGAAAUGAAAUUUAAAAAAUAAAAAAAAAUUAAAAUAGUGAAAUAAAUAAAUUAAAUCAAUGCAAAAUAUAUAAAAGAAUAGCUAAUAUUUGUACAAGCAUUUUGGCACACAAAAAUAUUAAUAAAAAUAUAAAUAAAAAGAGAAGAUUUUCAAUAAUUUGCUCGUAAAAUGUUGAAACCAUAAAUUGAUGUUUAGUGUUACUCAAUCGUAAAUUGAGUUGAAAGAAUUGAGUUAUAACAAGAAACAACGCCAAGUGUCAAGUGUUCUUUCUAUAUACGUACCAUAUAAAUCCAACAAUAUUUAUAAGGAUUAAUGGGAUUACAGGACCAACAAUAAAAAAAGCCUUCGCCUUGAGACACAAAAGGAAACCAAUCAGGAUAUCAACAACUGCAACAGCAACAACCACAACAACAGCAAUAAUAAUAGCAACAACAACACACACAUACAUAUACAUACAGACAGACAUCAUCAUCGUUGGAAAUAGACCUCGUGUCAUUCCAAAAGACGCACAUGGGCGUCUGCACCGAGGAGCGCCCUGUGAUGCAUUGGCAGCAGAGCGCAAGAUUUCUUGGGCCCGGCGCAAGGGAGAAAAGUCCGACACCACCUGUAGCACAUCAAGGGAGCAAUCAAUGUGGCAGUGCUGCAGGUGCAAAUAAUAAUCAUCCGUUGUUUCGCACAUGCUCCACAUCCUCGUGUCCAGAUAUUUGUGAUCACAGUACAAAGCCAUUUGGCAAUGCAUACGGCAGCGAGUCAUACAGAAGCUAUGAAACCGCCGAUCGCGCUACAUUCGAGGACUCGGCGGCAAAAUUCUCAAUUAGCCGCAGUCGCACGGAUUGCACGGAGAUUAGCGACGAGACCACAUCGGGCAUAUCAUUCAAAACUGAACCCUUCGGACCACCCAGCAGCCCCGAAUCCACCAACGAUAGCAAAGUAACCCGCAAUCCAGACGAUUGCGCCGGCUGUGGCCGACAAAUACAGGAUCGCUUCUACCUCUCCGCUGUGGAAAAACGGUGGCACGCCAGCUGCUUGCAGUGUUAUGCAUGUCGGCAGCCUCUGGAACGGGAAUCCUCAUGUUACUCACGUGAUGGCAACAUUUAUUGCAAAAACGAUUAUUAUAGUUUUUUUGGUACUCGCCGCUGUUCCCGCUGCCUGGCCUCCAUUAGCUCCAAUGAGCUGGUGAUGCGCGCCCGGAACCUGGUCUUUCAUGUCAACUGUUUCUGCUGCACGGUCUGCCACACGCCGCUCACGAAGGGGGAUCAAUAUGGCAUCAUCGAUGCACUCAUUUAUUGCAGAACUCACUAUAGCAUAGCGAGGGAGGGAGACGCCGCCUCGUCGAGCAUGAGUGCCACAUAUCCGUACAGCACGCAGUUUGGAUCACCGCACAAUGACUCGUCGAGUCCGCACUCAGAUCCCAGUCGUAGUAUUGUUCCUACGGGCAUCUUUGUGCCCACAUCGCAUGUCAUCACUGGACUCCCUCAGCCGGCGCGUCAAAAGGGAAGACCGCGUAAGCGCAAGCCCAAGGAUAUUGAGGCGUUCACAGCGAAUAUAGAUCUCAACACGGAAUACGUGGAUUUUGGGCGUGGCUCGCACAUGAGCGCCUCCUCACGCACCAAGCGGAUGAGGACCUCGUUCAAGCAUCAUCAGCUGCGCACCAUGAAGUCCUACUUUGCAAUCAAUCACAAUCCCGAUGCCAAGGAUCUGAAGCAGUUGUCGCAGAAAACGGGUUUACCAAAGAGAGUCCUACAGGUUUGGUUUCAAAAUGCCCGGGCCAAAUGGCGUCGCAUGAUGAUGAAGCAGGAUGGCAGCGGGAUGCUGGAGAAGGGCGACGGGACUCUCGAUCUGGACAGCAUCUCGGUGCACAGUCCCACAUCGUUUAUGAUGGGCGGUCCCAACAGCACGCCGCCCCACAAUCUCGACUAACAGCUGCUCAAGGAGAGGGAGCAUCAACAACAACAACAACAACAACAGCAUCGCAAUACCAACACUGACUCCAAUAUGAAUGCAACAACAGAUGUUGCUGCUGCUGCUGCUGCCACCGCAACAACAGUUGCUGCUGCUGCUGCUGCUGCUGCUGCCUACGCAAUUGAGUUGCAACUGUUGCACUCAACUGGCAAUGGAUGUUGCUCGUUGGCGGACCUGUUGAAUGCCACUGACGAUUAGCUUGUACUUGCAAUCAACAAAAAAAUACUCAAAA